AUGUCGAAGUCACUUCCGACCAGCGAUGGGUCCUUUCUACGGUUCCGCGUCGCAAAGAGCCGACGACAACCGCCCACAACUCCACCGGGGAGUCUAGCCCCGAGAAAGAGACUACGACUAGACACAGAAGUGGGUGACCCGGUGGCUGGAACUGGUCCCGAAACAAAUCUUGAUGUCGCCGGCAUCGACACCGCCAGAGAGACAUCUACGUCAACAAAUGCGCAAGCUCAUUCAGCCUGCAAAAGGUGCAGGCAUAUGAAAAGAAAAUGCUGUAGAACAUUACCCGAAUGUACGCCAUGCGUGGCUGCCGGUUACAUAUGUUCAUGGCCGCCGGAACGAGAUCAAUCGGCGGAGAUUCGAGAACUACGAAAGGAAGUAGAAGUGUUGUCUCGGUAUGUGCAAGGUUACAUAUCGGAUCAACAGCGGAGGCAGAUAGCAGAAAGAGAUCAAUCAACGAACGAUGGGAUCAUAUUGUCACCCUUCGUACCCGUGAAUGGGGUCAUUGAUGUGUCUCAGCAUACGAAAUUCAGUCUACCCGCUAUAAAGAACCUCUUUCCAGGAGUUGAUGAAGAAUGUCUACCAAGAAUCAUGCUUCCGGAGAGUCCAUCAGAUCCCAGUGUCACCGUCAGAGAAACGACUUCAUCAACAAACAAUCAACAACCUGUCCGGCCAGCUCUGAGGAAAGUCCCGCUUGAAGUAGAUCUCAGAGUGUUCAUAAAAGGAUAUUUCGAUCAUGUACACAAAUCAUCUCCUUUUUUGAACAAAAUCAAGACCAUGGAAGAAGUCGACAUAGUACUAAGGCAGAUGCGAAACACUAACGGUCGUCAUGUUUCGACUAAAUUAUACAUGUUAGCAGCCAUUGGUGGUGCAGCCCUAAAGCACGCCAACAAGAUUCGGACGGAGAUCGCGGCAAAACUGGUCGUGCCGUACCAGAGCAUAAUUUGCGAAUGUAUUGAGAUGGAAAACGUCUGUUCAAUUGAGAUCCUCUUGUUGCUGGCUUUGUACUCCCUCUACGACCCCGACGGGCUGAAUCCUUGGGUCUUGACGGAGCUCCGUGCUCGUCUUUUUUGGAGCAGUUUUGAGCUCGAUAGAGUUGUUGCGUCUUCCUAUGGGUUACCUGUGGCUAUCAACGAUGCGAACAUUGAUUUGCCCUUGCCCGGCGUCACGUUGGAAGAAUUCGCUGCCUCGGAUCUGCGAUAUUACAGGGAGACGCUACAAGUAUCUAGGAGUGUGGUGGCACUUCGAGAUUUGGAGGGCCGAAUCCUCCAACGGAUUCAUUUAUCCAACUCAGCCUCGGAUACCGCCCUGAGCAGAUCAGAUUGCGAUAUCAUCAUCAAAGAUCUACGCCUGCAGAUCGAUAAUUGGUACGCACAGGGAUGCCUCAUAUCUCAUAGCGAUAAUGACAAGGCCCCGCUACACAACACUAUCCCCUGGCUCAAUGUGAACUACUACAGCUCGCUCAUCUUGCUUUAUACGCCCUCUCAAUUCAACUCUAAACUUUCACGUAAACAGCUCGUCAAUCUCAGGCGCACAAUCCAGCAGUAUAUUCGCUGCGCUUUGGUACUUCUGGAGCAAGGCCAUUUGUCAUUCAACCGCGUCACAGUUGGCCGAUUACUAGUCAUUGCGGCCAUAAUGCUGUUUUGUUUCCGGCGGCAAAGGGGCGUGAUUCCGGAAGACGACUUUAAGACUACGGAAGAAGUGUCCAUGUGCAUUCGGAUACUAGAUGCGUUCCCAUCAAAUUGGAUAUUUGCGCAGCGGGUAGCGAUUAUCUUUUGGAGACUACACAAAAUAUCUUCUGAUAGGGAGAUGCACCAUCGUCGCUCACUACAAGGCUCUAUUCAGUCUUCGACUUCCUCGUCGGGCCCCGAUAACAUUCUAUCGCCGGCUUCAACUCUUCCUUCGGAUCAUCAAUCACCGACUCUCUCGCCUCUCUCAACACGAAUGAGAAAUAAUCCCCAAUCCGUUCCUCCUGGUUACUGUAUAAAAGCCCUGACUAAUGAUGUGUCAAUAUUGAUAUCUGAUACUUUUGGUCCGUCAAGUGCAUUUAACAGGAUUAUUGAUCAGAUUGAUGAUAAUGAGCCAUUCGCUGAAGAGUAUCGAUGGGAUAGUAGUGCACAUAGUGUUCGUUCAAGGAUGUAUGAGUCUUAUGAACACCUAAAUUAG